AUGCACUAUAAACUAGAUAUCAGUGAUUGUAAGAGCUUGUUUGAGGAUGGUAAUAAUGCAAGUGAUAUUUAUACUAUUAAUCCUGAUGGAGGGACUCCAUUUGAAGUAUACUGUGAUAUGGAGACUGAUGGUGGUGGAUGGACUGUAUUUCAGAGGAGAAAAGAUGGAUCUGUUGAUUUCUAUAGGAACUGGGCUGACUAUGAGAAUGGAUUUGGUGACCUUACUGGUGAGUUUUGGUUAGGAUUGAGCAAAAUUCAUCGUCUUACUAAAGAAAGAUCAAACACACUAAGAGUGGACCUGAGAGACUUUGAGGGGAACACAAGUUAUGCUAACUAUUCUACAUUUAGCGUUGGUGAUAGUACAAGUAAAUACACACUAACUGUAGGGGGGUAUGCUGGCACAGCUGGAGAUGGCUUAACUGAGCAUAAUGGAGCAAAAUUCGCUACAAGAGACCAAGAUAAUGAUAAUUGUGCUAAUGGAAAUUGUGCAAAUUAUAAUCAUGAAGGAGCAUGGUGGUAUCAUAACUGCUUCACUUCACACCUCAAUGGUCAUUAUCUAAAUACUUCACAAAUCAUAAACUGGAAUGGAAUUAUCUGGAAUCCAUGGAGGCCUAAUUAUUCCCUUAAAUUUGCAGAAAUGAAAACCAAAAGAAACAAUUAAAUUUCAUGCUUAAAACUUUGCUAUUUCAAUAUUGCGAUACAUUGUAGAUGCUUAAAACAAUGAUAGUUAUUUUAUCAGCAAAUCCUUUACUGAUGAAGUCAUUUUAUUUGUCUGUGUAUAAGUCAAUUAAAGGAGCCACAAGGUCUAUAAUUUUCUUAGAGUGACCUAGCAACAUUAUUAGUUUACAAUGUCGUUUUAACGAGCUUAGCUAUAGUUUGAU